AUGUUUGCUCUGUGAUCAGUGUGAAUCAGUCUAUCGCUGCUGUUGUGUCGUAUCUUGUAUGGUAAUAUUCCCGCGCUUUAUUGAAAUGACAACUGAUCAAUUGUCAGCGAUGAUGACAGAUUAUCCUCAUCUUGGACAUGUCUUCUAUCAUUCGAUGAAAAAUAAUCCAAAUAGUAUUUGCCAGAUAGACGCAGCAACUGGUGUAGAAGAAACACGUGAGUCAGUAUUGCGACGGUCAGUGCGGUUAGCGAGGGCACUACGGCGUGAGGGGCUGCGGCCUGGACACGUUGCGGCUGUCGGUGGACACAAUCAUAUAGACCUACAUAUACCGUUCUAUGCUGCCUUGAUGAACGGACAUCCGAUCGUAGGAGUCGAUCCCUUGUUUAAGCUUGAUGAAAUAAAAUCAUUGUUUAAAAUAACACAACCUCGAAUAGUGUUUUGUCAACGCGAUGCGUUUGAUCAUUAUAAGAAGGCGGCUGAUGAUUUAGCUCUCAAUUUGAAGAUAUUAACUUUCGAAGACGGUGAACAUUCAUUGAAACAUUUCUUAGAGAUAAAUGAAGAUGAAGAGCCGGAGAGUGAAUUCAAAGUGGCAGAUUUCGAUCUGGAGAAGACAUACGUGUUCCUAACGAGCACGAGCGGUACGACGGGUACGUUGAAGGUCGCCGCGUUCAGACACCGUGUCGUCAUGGAAAAAUUCAUAUCAUUCUCUGCAUUUGUUAGAGGUCCUAAAGUACAGCAAAUGGUAGGUCUGAACCUAUCGCCGGUGCAGUGGAUAUCGGGCAUCUUCAACGCUAUUACGAUGCCCAUCAUGAAACAGACCAAACUGCAGACCUCUAGGCCAGCUGAUAUUGACCAUAUUAUUGAUAUUAUUAAUAAAUAUAAGCCUAACACGAUGUUGGCGGGUCCAUCACUGAUUACGUCGCUCACGAGACGUAAACAUGACGUAGAUCUGAACUGCUUCAACAGUAUCAUUAUAACAGGAGAGAAGAUAAACCCUGAAGUAUCGGAUGAACUGAGGGCUUAUCUUCAGAAAAACACAAUUGUAAUGGAGGCGUACGGUAUGACGGAGACUCUUGGAGCAGUGCUGUUGCCGAAUAUUUCCGGACCAAAGGGAAGUUGCGGCAGACCAAUGGCUGAUUAUACUAUGAAGUUAGUUAAUCCUGACACUGGAUUGGAAAUAAAAGAAUCAUUUGUUCCCGGAGAAUUAUGGGUUAAAGGACUUUGUUUUACUGAAUACCUUAAGAAUCCCGAAGAGACAAGGAAAGCGUUUUCAGACGACGGCUUCUUAAAGACAGGUGAUCUCAUGUACAGAGAUGACGAUGACAAUUUAUAUUUCGUUGAAAGAAUUAAAAUGCUCAUCAAAUGCCGGAAUGCACAUAUAGUACCAACAGAGUUAGAGGAGCUGAUCAUGCAACAUCCCGGUGUACACCACGUGUGUGUGACUGCAGUCCCACACGCUGAGGACGGGCAGCGGCCGGCCGCGUUUGUUGUACGAGCACCAUACUCCAACGUCACCGCAAAAGAUAUAAAGGAUUUAGUUGCCAGUAAACUGGCAAAACACAAAGAAUUGACAGGAGGUGUGGCGUUUGUUGACAGUCUGCCGAUGACGUCAACAGGGAAGUUAGCGCGCGGAAAUAUGAAACAUUUGAUUUUGAAUGUUGUUAGAGAAUAGAGCAUAGAGAAUGUUUUUUUUUUACGUUUUUGACAAUUUUAUACAAUU